UCAACACCCACGUCGACCUUCAACACCUCCAGGGUCCUCUAUCACACUUUCUACUAUUUCCCAACAUAUCUUCAGCACGCGCUGCUUUCGGAACACAGACUGACCCUUCAACGCGCUCCCUCUCAGCUGCGAUCAUGCACACGAGAUUGAAGCUGCUACCUACUGCCGUCACACAUCUUCUGAAUAGCUCUAUCUAGACACUCUCCGAUCAAUCCGAAGAGUACCUUCAUUAGACCACCCAAACUCUUCGAUCUGCUCUUAUGCCGUCCGAACCAGAUGACACAUCAUGGGGCUUCGGCCCUGCCUUGGAUCUGAUCGGAAGCUUGAAUUCCUUCGACGCUAGUCCAUCGCCUACCAUGAUUUCUCCAGAAUCGACUACAGAUGUCGAACUAGACAAACCCACCAUCAAAGAAGCGGACACUGAGCUGAGCACCUCUUCUGGUCUGCAGAAGUUAGGGGAUUUUGGGAAAAUCUACGAUCUCUUAGGAAUUCCAAAACAUGCGCGAACAGUUACUGUUUAUCCCGAAGAUUUUGAUACCGAUGCGUCAUACAACUCUGACGAAGCACUCGCCUCCCCUCCCCUAGAACUAAUCGGUGUUCCCAAGAAUGUUGAGGCCAAAAUCGAAGUCGAAAUAGAGACAGAGGUCGAAGUCCAGGUCGGAACGGAAAGUCUGCCCAAGGUCGAAAUCGAAGCUGAGGGCGAAAUUGAAACCGAGGUCGAGUCCGACAUAAGCGAUGGCGAGGAUAAGCCUGCAGAGUCACCCAACAAGGUGUUGACCAAAAAACAGGCAAGGCAAGGGAAGAAACGACAACGAAAGGAGGCUAAGUCUCUUGCAAAAGCCCAGAGAGUGCAUGAAAUGCAAGUGAAAAACCCGGUUGCCCAGGAGAACCCGAGGCAGCAUUCCCCAAAGAAGGCGCAGCUGAAGAUUCAAGAGAAUGACCGAGCAAAUGGGAGCCCGAAGCAAACUAUGAACAAACAUGUUCGGUCCCAGAAUGAUUCACCUUUACUUCCGAGAAGCCUCUCGGUAAAGCAGCUACGUAAAGCCACCGCUGCGAAAGCAAAACUUUCGCAGAAAAAUGCCGGGCCUGUUCCCUCUCCAAACCAGCCUACAUCGUUCGCUAUAGAUAUUCCCUCUUUACCAGCUGAAGGCAUGCUCUCUGGGGCCACUCUAGGAUUCGUUCCCCAAGAGUCUUCUUUGAGCCUUCAGUACCUUAUGCUCGACCCACAUGCUGUACCAUUCCAUAUCGACACGCCAAUGGGGACGUACAUGCAGCAACUUCCUUCAAUCCCAUUGACACCUGGCUACGAACACGGCUAUAGCUUCUCUCCAAUUCCCCUCUGUCAGAAUGGCGCCCAAAUGCAUUCGAUAUCGGUUCAACCUACCUAUGUUACCAGCCAAGUGCACCAAUUCCCUCAAACUUCGACUCCUGCUUCUUCUUCAAAUGACCCAACUGCACGAGUGGCUCCCGCACAUCCGCGAUAUACCUUACGGUCCAACUCCUCUGCGAAUAAAAUUCAAUCAACCACUAAUAAUCAACUAAAAGCAACGAACUCUACUCUACCUCCAGUACUACCAACAGUCCCUAUUGGCUAUACACUCAACCCUCGACGUGGUGAAGAUCGUCACGAACACUUCUUCCUGAAGCUUCUGCGCAAUUUCCCAGAGGACAAAAAGUGGAUGGUAGCCCCAAUGCAAUUAAGCAACAAUGGAACUUUCCCCGGGGGUAUACAUGUGAUCGUUGAUGCUUCCAAUAUUCUCCUAGGAUUUCAAGAAACUCUCAGACCAUUCAAAGAAAGACUUAAAAAACGGGAUCUACGCUGCAUGGAUAUUUCUUUUGACGCCCUCAUUCUACUCAUGGAACGACGUCGCCCGGUUGCGAAACGUAUUCUCGCUGGCUCUACCAAGACCUCCCCUCCGUUGCCCGCCUUUCAGACAGCCAAAGCAGUAGGCUAUGAGGUCAAUAUAAUGGAGCGAGUCUACAAGACGAAGGAAGUCACCGACAGGGACAGGUUCUUCAUGGAUGUCAAUGCCAAGGGCUGGGAUGCCGCAAUCAAACAACGGCGCUCUAAUGGCGAUGAUAGCGACUCUGAAACGGGUGCAUUCACUGCCACUCCGCAGACAAUCCAGAAAUGGGUUGAGCAGGGUGUGGACGAGCUACUUCAUCUGAAGAUGCUCGAGAGCGUUUGUGAUUGCUGGGCGACUCCAAGCACAAUGGUCAUUGCGACUGGAGAUGCGGCUCCCGCAGAGUACUCGGGUGGGUUCAUGGCGCAGAUGGAGCGCGUCAUGGAGCGUGGAUGGAAGGUCGAACUGGUCAGCUGGAAGAAGCAGACCAGUGCUGCCUACCGCAAGAAGAAGUUUCAAGCGAAGUGGAAGGAUCAGUUCAGGAUUAUCGAGUUGGAUGAGUAUCUGGAGGAGCUCCUCGAUAUUUGACUGACUGAAUGACCUGCGCUUUAUUACAUCUGCUUCGAUCGAUUUCGGCGGAUUUGACAAACUUCGGUUACAUUAGCCUGACCUCAUUCUCAGUUGUAUUUGAGGAAUGUGGAUGGGAUCAUGAAUGAGAUCCUGACUGCAGGCAUGGAUGAUGGAUGAGCAUGCUAUGAAAUACUUGACUAAGUAUUGAACACGAUUAGUCCCAAUGCAUAUGCAUUAAUCCAAACAGCAGCGCUCUUGCAUUCUCAAAUCGUUCUUGUGAGCUUGUUGCUGAACUUUGGGAUAUAGUAGUAAGGAUACCUCACCAUGCACUUACAU